AGUGUUGACCAACCUGGAACUGGAGGAGGGCUUCUUUAGCAGACCCGGCAAUGGCACUGUUCCCGAAGACAGUAUCCCUACUAGGGACCCCGAGUACGGCUUUGCAGAAAUUGGAGAAACCUCAAGCAGCUUUGUUUGGAGUGGUCCCUACACUGGAACCUUCGAAGCCCUUGACGCAUCCGCAGAACAACCAUUCCAAGAUGUGCCCGGGUUAUGGAUCUUGAACAUGGUAAUGAGACAGGCAGUCGUUGAGCUUGAAGAUGGCUCAGUUAUUGUCUUGGACGCGCCGCCGCAUCAAAGUAAGCUUGUCAUCGAUUGGGUCCAGCAAAGACUUGGAAAGAAUGUCACACAUGUUUGGGUUUGUCCUGACGCCGCCACUGGUAUCGUCAAACUAAAGCUGACCUGGUAUACACAGCCAACGCACCACCAUCACGAUCACUCGUUCGGAGUUGCCGACUAUGCGGCCGUUGGGACCAAAAUCAUUGUGCCAGAAAACGGGGCUCACUACUACGCCAGACUGAAUCUCACUGAAGGCCAGAUCUUGACCUAUAGGCGUGGCGAUGCGAUGGUGCUAAAGGAUAGCAAGACCCAGCUAGCCCUCGUGGAUAUGCAAGGGACUAUCCACGCCGAAGAUCAUGGCUAUGCUUUUAUUUCUUCUGCUCGUCCGACGACCAACAGCUCAACGGCCCUUUUUGAAGCAGAUCAUGCGAACCUGGCUACUAUAGAUAGUGCGGACCAUGGAAUGUUACAGGAACUUAUAGAUGUUUUAGUCCGCGAUCGGGUGACUCUUGAUACGUAG